GACACAAACUUCGAGCGGGCAUUUUCGAGUCCCGAGAUUGUGGACACGCACGGUGCCAGUGCGGCCGGACCCGGGGCUGUUUCUCCUUGAUUGCGUGUGAACCAUACCCCGCCCUCCAACAUGGGGUUACUCCCCUUCAACCUCUUCCGGGCCCGGGAGACAAAGGCACCGAAGCUGCCGUUAUACAAGGAGCUCCCCCCCUCCCGAGCGCGCAAACCUCGUACACCUCGAUCCCCAGUCAAGGAGCGCUACUCGGAUUCCGAAGACUCAUCCGAUGAAUCCGACGAUGGGGAUACUACCGACUCAUCUACGUCGAGUUCCGGGGGCUCGGGGCGAACCUCAUCUUCCACCUCUUCCGCGGCAGCGCUCAUGCUUCCCAAGAAGCGGCCUGUGGUCCCUGCCCGCCGGGCACCGGUCAGGAGAUAUCUCUACCGGUUGCCAAACAAAGUCAUUCGGUACCUAUGUCUCGCCAUGAUCUCGACCAUUAUUAUAUUCAUGUUCGUUCUCGUUCGAGCCAGUCAGGUCGAGAACAAGAAGAUAGCAGAAGGCAAAGUCGAGAAGAAGCCCGCAGACCCACCCCCAUGGGAGCAGUUCGAGUUCCUCACUAGGUAUUACGGCGGCGUCAAGUCCGUUAUUCCUCUAGCCGACAACGAACCGCAGUACCCGCGGCUUGAGGAGGAGGGGCCCUACAACGCAAGCCAGCCGCAGCAACAAGAGCAACAGGAGUCGGACAAGAGCGAACCUGGACGUAUACAACCUGCCAUGGAGGCGAGGGCGGUACCACCAAGCCAGGCUUUUGCCGAUUACCCCACCGCUGGUAUCCCAAAGACCGCAGAUGGGAUUCACGAGUGCUUUUUGGAUAAUCACAACACACUCAAGGCGCCCUCACUCCGCUACCUACAGGGCCGCCCCAACGGCUUCCCGGACAACAUUCUCGGUUCCUACGAACUGCUCUCGCUUCCCGAAGACAUCUGCUUUGACCGCUUCGGCAGAUAUGGACCGUAUGGUUAUGGCUAUUCCGCCCGGACCGGCGGGCUCGGCCUCGGCGAACAUGGCGACCGGGAGGGCGCCGAUGAAGUUUGGGGAUCGACCAAGCAGAUUGACUGGCGCAAUAUCGAUUGGGCUGCUGUACAACGCCAAUGCUACAAGGCCAAUGCUGAGCGGUAUAAGCCGCUGGCUGUGCGGGAUGCCCCUCCUCGUGGUUUCUUUAUCGGCGAGGGCCUGGAAACUUCUCAACUCGCGACCCGUGACUCGGCCGAGCAAGGCGAGCAAACCGAGCAGACCGAGAAGACCGAGCAGGUUGACCAGCCUGAGCCCGCGAGUGAGAAGGCUCAAGGCGACGUUGCCAGGACUGCGGUUGUUCUCCGGUGCUGGGACGAGUUCAAUUGGAGGGAAGAAGACAUCGUCAACCUGAGAGCCCUGAUCUCAGAGCUGUCACUCUCCUCUGGCGGCCGCUAUGACGUUCAUCUUCUCGUCCAAGUUCGCAAUGACGGCAGAAACCCCGUGUGGGCCGACGAAGACGUCUAUCGCAGCCGCAUCAACGAGACUAUUCCGGCAGAGUUCCGCGGAAUUGCCACACUCUGGUCUGAGACCCAGAUGCUUGCCGUAUACCAGGGCGUUCGAGAUCUCUGGACUAAGGGGCCCGACCUGCCUGUGCAUGGCUCAUACCGCGGUCUGCAGAUGGCGAUGCAGCACUUUGCCUACAACCACCCCGAGUACGAGCACUUCUGGCAGUGGGAGAUGGACAUCCGCUAUACGGGCCAUUACCACGACCUCCUCUCCAAGAUGGAAUCGUGGGCCAAGGACCAGCCCCGCAAGGGCCUCUGGGAGCGCAACUCGCGCUUCUACAUUCCUCACGUGCAUGGCACCUGGGAAGACUUCAAGCAGAUGGCGCGCGUGCAAACUGAACAUGGUACCGUCGGUGCCGACAACCUCUGGAACGGUAUCCCGGGUGCCUCCAAACCCGGCGACAAGUCCUCCGCCUCGCCCAAUGUCGCGCCCGGAGGAAGCGAGCAAUCCGUAUGGGGCCCGCUCCGACCGGUCUCCUCGUCUGACUGGUUCGAGCAUGACGCCGACCCGCAGCCCCCCACGACCUACGAGCGCGACAAGUACACCUGGGGUGUGGGCGAGGAGGCCGACCUGCUCACGCUCUCGCCCAUCUUCGACCCGGAUGGCACCUCGUGGAAGCUGGCCGACGACAUCACGGGGUACAACGAGACGGGCGGCAUCGGCAAGCCGCCGCGGCGCGCGCAGAUCAUCACGGCGUCGCGCAUGUCGCGCCGCCUGCUGGUGACCAUGCACCGCGAGACGGCCUUCCGCAAGCACCACGCCUUCCCCGAGAUGUGGCCGGCCACCGUGGCGCUGCACCACGGCCUCAAGGCCGUCUUCGCCCCGCAUCCCGUCUUUGUCGACCGCGCCUGGCCGCCCGACUACAUGGCGCGCGUGCUCAACGGCGGGCGCAACGGCGCCUCGGGCGGGGGCCGCGCGUCCGUCUACGGCGAUCGCGAGCACAACAUGCGCGGCCUCACCUGGUUCUACAACGCCGGCUUCUCCGGCAACUUGUACCGCCGCUGGAUGGGCCUGCGCGUCAACAACGACGGCGGCGAGGAGUUUGAGACUACCCCCGACAUGAGCGCCGACGACAAGACUGUUGGCUCCAUGCGCGGCGGCGAGGGUCGCAUGUGUCUGCCCCCGAUGCUGCUGCAUCCUGUCAAGGAUGUGGAGUUGCCCGUGCAGCGCCAGCGGGAGCAGCAGACGGCGCCGGAGUCGGAUCCUGCUGCCUAGGUGAUGACGGGUGGGGUUGUGGUUUGUUGGUUGGUUGGUUAGGGGUGGGUUCGUUUGUUUUGUUGGUUUAUUGUUGUGUUUCUGUUUGGGUUUUGGCGUUUGGGUACAUGGGAUACAGGAUAUUGCUGAGCGAUGUUGAUGAGAUGGGUGGCGAUGGCGAUGUUUAUACAGACAUGUACAUGUGUAUACCGAUGUUGAAAUAUGAUUUAUGUGCACCG